AUGCCACAGAACGUUCGGGUAUCCCUUCUCGUGCUGCUGUGUUUCCUCGCUGCUUGCGGGUCGAGCGCGAAGGGCCAGGAUGUCUCCCAGCUCGUGACCCAACUGUGCAGCCAGCGACACCAGCGACGCCUGGAUGCUGUCACGUGCAUAGGGUCUCAUACAAAAUCAGAGUUCCCAGGCAACCUGGCCAAGUGCGUUCGGGCCAGUUUCAAGGCUGAACGCCAGCUGAAGGACUUCGGCCUCGGUGCGUUGUGCGGCGGCCCGACGCUCGGCGCCGAAGGACUCGACCGAGCCGCCCCGAUUCUCGCGGAUCUCGGGAAGGCUCCGAGGAACCUGUCACCACCGGCGUUCAAAGCCAUGGCAUGCGCGCUGUCCUACUCCGGUGUCAAGCUGUUCCAAAUUAAGAGCUUAAUUGAGAACUGCCAGUUGCUACCUUGGCCUUGAAGGAGGACCGCAAAGCAUGGCUGCCUGUGACGGGACAAAGACGGUGUGAAAAUCACUACGAAAUAUAAACGUAUACGCUAGCAUUUCUCGUGCCACAAGUAGAUUACUGGUCAUAAUGCGAUCGACACACGUGAUGCGGUUUCAGAGUGAUGAAGAUCGCACUUUUGUGAUCGAGCUGGCUGGACGUUGAAACGUCUCGGAAAGGCUGGACGCCGUUUCGAGUAUAGUCAACCCGUCGUUGCCAAUAUAGGUUGUCAUCAUUCCUGGCGUUGUUUAUAUUUGAUAUUUUAUGGUUUGUGCCUUAAGUUCGUGGCGCUGCUUGUGGCGUGCCGGUGAAGUUUGCCUCCACUACAAGCUAAACUAUACUGAUGUCACC